CACUCAUCCUACCUCUCACGUGUCGCCGAAAAUGGGUCGAGUUAUCCGAAAUCAACGUAAGAGUGGUGGUAUUUUCAGGGCUCACCAAAAGCACAGGAUCGCUCCGGCUGCCUUCCGACCACUUGACUACGCAGAACGCAAUGGUUACAUCCGUGGUCUGGUAAAGGAGAUCGUCCAUGAACCGGGACGUGGUGCACCUCUCGCUCGUGUUGUCUUCCGUGAUCCAUACCGGUACAAGAUGCGAACCGAAACCUUCAUUGCCACCGAAGGACUAUCUACCGGUUCAUUCAUUUACUGCGGAAAGAAAGCCAGCUUAGCCGUCGGAAACGUCCUUCCCGUAGGAUCUCUCCCUGAAGGUACCAUCAUUUGCAAUGUCGAGGAGAAGCCCGGGGACCGUGGAAGCCUCGCAAGAACCUCCGGCAAUUACGCCACCGUCAUCGGUCACGAUCCCGAGACAGGCAAGACGCGGGUGCGACUUCCAAGUGGCACCAAGAAAACCGUUGCGAGCGGCUCUCGUGCCACUAUUGGUAUCAUCGCUGGUGGCAGUCGUGUUGACAAACCCAUGCUCAAGGCCGGUCGUGCCUACCAUAAAUACAGGGUCAAACGUAACUGCUGGCCUAAGACUCGUGGUGUGGCUAUGAACCCCGUCGAUCAUCCUCACGGUGGUGGUAACCACCAACACAUCGGUCAUGCUUCUACCAUCUCUCGAAACGCAGUGUCUGGUCAAAAAGCCGGUCUCAUUGCUGCUCGUCGUACUGGUCUUCUACGUGGUACUGUGUCAAAGAAAGAAAUUUAAUCGAUGUCUUGAUGCGCAAAUUACUACAUUUUACAUAUGCUCUCUUACGCCCCUUUCGAUGCUCUAUGCCUUGUGGCCUUAUGGGCUAGCCCGGAGCUUCGAUACCUCGGUCAAGCCGUUAUCCACUUUAUGCCUCUGACUACCCUGCUUUGGCCCCAACCAAAUCUCACUAGUUGUUCACGGAUAAGUGUACUCAGUCUUUGACUACUAGUUUCGUCCCAGUCUUUGAAUGCCAGUUUCUUAUAUAAUGGUAGGCUGG